AUUCUUUUUAUUAAAUAUUUAUUUUUGCUUAUCUCUUAUUAAUUCAUAACAGCAAAAACCACUCCUUAACCAAAUCAAAAGCACCUCUUUAUAAACUGAUAAUAUUCGGAAAAUUUACAUGGUGUCACUAUAAAUACGGGGAAAUUUGUUUUUCAUCACAUUCAACAAGUUUAAUUCUAUCGAGUAUAACUUAUUGUAAGAAAAUGGGGUACUUUUUAAUUCUUUAUGUUAUGCUUCUAUUUGGAAGUUUCUGGGAAACCACCAAUGGUGCUGCCACCCCUCUAAAAAACACCACUCGUCUUCAACAGCGCAUUCGAAACGGUCAAGAUAUCGACAUUUCAAACGCAAAGUUUUAUGUAUUCUUCACGUGUAGUGGGGUAAUUUGCGGAGGGACCAUCCUUAGUUUAACAAGAGUGGUCACAGCAGCUCAUUGUACUAUAGGUUGCGAUCCGAAGAAUAUCCAAAUGUACAUGGGAAAGAAUUCAUGGGACGAACAAGGCGAACGAUAUCUAGCAGAUAAUUUAUUCAGGCAUCCCAAAUACGACCCUGCACAAGGAUUUCAAUAUGAUAUAGCUGUAGUAUACGUAUCUGGACAAAUUCGACCGAAUGAUAAAGUUGAUAGAACUUCAUAUUUAUUGUAUGAUGUACCUAUAGGUUCUACCGUUAGAAGUUUCGGUUAUGGAGGUGUGACUGGUGGAGGAUUUGCUAAAAAAUUGCAGGUGUCUUAUAAUGUGGUUCAAGAUUAUGAAAAUAAUUUAUACAGAGUGGAAUCGUCCAGAUCGGGCACUGCAGGGGGUGAUUCUGGCGGUCCAUGCACGCUUGACAGCUAUCUUGCUAGCGUUAUUGUGGGAAGUGUCACUGUUAAUGGUAAUCAUGUAUAUGAUGUUAGUGUUAACAUAGCUCGUCCAGAAAUUGUGUCAUUUAUACGUUCUCAUGGUCUUUAAAACUUAAUCAAUUGUUGUUAUAAAAAUAAUGUUGAUGUUAAUUAAACAAAGUUUAAAAUAAAAUGUAUUCCAACAAUU